UAAGCUCGGAAAAAACACUCCGCGAGCACAGUAGUAUCGACAAUGGCAGAGGAGGGGCACGAUAGGGCGAAGAAACGAGUGGCAGGUGGUGAUGAUUUAGAGUCCCGAAUUAAGGCCGCCGUGCGCUCUCGCAUAGCCUACUUCAAGGAACAAGCCGAUUCGCUGACCCUUGAGGGGGUCCGGAGAUUGUUAGAGAAGGAUAUGGGAUUGGACACUCGUGAAUUGGAUUCGCACAAGGGAUUCAUCAGGCAAUCUCUAGAUGAGUGUUUGGCUGGUGGUAUCGAUGAGAAUGACUCCAAGGGCACUGCAGUAACUGCCAAAAAAUCAGCUAAAGAAGAAACAGCGGAAUCUCCUGGUGGAAUUAAGGGAAGUAAAGAUAAAAAGGAACCUUUCUCUGAAGAGGAGGAGAAAAUGGAAGACUCACCUGUGAUGGGGCUCCUGACUGGCAGUAAAACAGAGAAGGAAAAAAGAGAGGAAACUGAAGUCAUUGAUAAUAAAGAAGGUCCAAAUGAGAGCACGAUUAAGAUUGCCAUUAGAGAAAGAGUUUCUUAUGUCAAAGCUAACUCAGACAAAGUUACGAUGGCCGGAUUUCGUAGACUUCUGGAGGAAGAUCUUAAACUUGAAAAAAAUGCUCUCUAUCCUUAUAAGAAGCUUAUAACAGAGCAGUUAGAUGAGGCAUUAAACUCUUAUGAAGAUUCUGGACCUGCCGAUGAGCUUAAAAAGAAAAAUAUCAAGAAUAAUUCUCAAAGGAAAGUGUCUAAAAAGGGUAGGAGUGAAGAAAGUUCUGAUUCUUUAGCUAGUGAGAAUAACGAGGAAGACGAAGACGAAGUAAAACCAAAAAGAAAAAUUGCUACAAAAGCGAAGAUGCAUAACUCGGAAGGGGCUAAAAAACGGAAAAGACCUGAAAGGGAAGUCAAAGAAUCUGGAAAGAAGCGGGUCAAGUCUGAGGACAAUAGUGAUGCAGAAGAGAGUGGAGCCUCUGUAGAUAGUCUCUCUCAGUCAUCUGCUGAGAAACCUACACAGAGAAAAGACCUUUCGACUCCAGUGUAUGGUAAACGUGUGGAGCAUUUAAAAACAGUUAUCAAAUCGUGUGGAAUGAGCAUACCUCCAGCAGUUUACAAGAAAGUCAAGCAGGUUCCUGAGAACAAACGUGAGGCUCAGUUGAUAAAGGAACUCGAGGAGAUACUUGCUAGAGAAGGAUUGUCCUCAAAUCCUUCUGAGAAAGAAAUCAAGGAAGUCAAAAAGAGAAAGGACAGAGCAAAAGAGCUUGAAGGCAUUGACAUGAACAACAUUGUAUCAAGUUCACGCAGACGGUCAAACACCACUUUUGUUGCUCCUCCAAAGCCCCCACCUGUAGUAACCGGUGGGGAUGAGUCUGAAGAUACUGACAGCAAUGACGAUGAAGAUGACGACGAUAGUGAUGAUGAGGGUAAUGAUGAUGAGGAGGAAAAUGGUGGUGAUGAUGAAGAUGAUGAAGAGGUUGAGGAUGAGGAAGACGAUGACAGUGACUGAGUUAUUCUCCAGCUGCUGCACAAUGACGAUUUAUGGCAAGUGUGUGUACAAUCAAGAAUGUAAUAUGCAUCAUGUGCCCCUGUUCCUAUUUUCUUUUUUCCCAAUUUUUUUUAGAGCAGUAAAUCUUUCAUUGAAAUUUUACUCUCGGACUUGCCCUGUAGACUGUCAUUUAUAGCUAGUUCAGUGACCCAUAAAGAGGUGUUGCCCUGUAGACUCUGUAAUUUAUAGCUAGUUCAGUGACCCAUAAAGAGGGGUAUUGUCCUGAAAGUUGUAUUGAUUGUAGGCCGAAGUUUUGUACCAUGGUGCCUGUUUUAUUGGGUCAGAUAGUUAUCUGAAAGAACAAUUGUUGCACUC